AUGGUAGGUUUUGUGAGGCUGUUGCUGCCCCCACGCCGCAUUCUUCUCGCUCCCCACCCGGUGGUUGUGAAGUUGGGAGGCGAGACCCCGCGGAGGGUUGGGAGUUUGCGUGCAGCCAGAGCAGUAGGCCUGGGCGGCCCCGGCUCUCCUCGCGUUCAGCCGCCGAGAAAAAGGUUCACGCACGUAGUGCGUAGGCUGGGUUCGUGGGGAAAGAGGCGCUUCCCUGGCACGCCCCGCUUCCCUGUGUCUCCUGGGAGAGGCGGGCUGCCCCAGUUUACUGAAGGUCACCUCUGCACCACCACUUCCUCUGACAGGGAAGAACAAAUAACAUCUAGAGCAUUAGUUUAUGGAAAUAAAUGUUCUCUAGGUUGUCAAAGAAAUGCUUUUACAUUUCUUCAUUUAUCUUGGAAGGAGUCCAAAACUACCUACUUGGAAGACCUUCCACCACUCCCUGAGUAUGAGCUGGCUCCAUCCAAGUUAGGAGAGGAAGUGGAUGAUGUUUAUCUCAUUCGAGCUCAAGGAUUGCCCUGGUCAUGUACUGUGGAAGAUGUGCUUAAUUUUUUCUCAGACUGCAGGGUCCGCAACGGUGAGAAUGGAAUACAUUUCCUCUUAAAUAGAGAUGGGAAACGAAGGGGUGAUGCCUUAAUUGAAAUGGAGUCAGAGCAGGAUGUGCAGAAAGCUUUAGAAAAGCACCGCAUGUACAUGGGUCAGCGGUAUGUGGAAGUAUAUGAGAUAAACAAUGAAGAUGUGGAUGCCUUAAUGAAGAGCCUGCAGGUCAAACCUUCACCUGUGGUAAAUGAUGGUGUGGUUCGUUUGAGAGGACUUCCUUACAGUUGCAAUGAGAAAGACAUUGUAGACUUCUUUGCAGGACUGAAUAUAGUAGACAUUACAUUUGUCAUGGACUAUAGAGGGAGAAGAAAAACAGGGGAAGCCUAUGUGCAGUUUGAAGAACCAGAAAUGGCCGACCAAGCCCUGUUGAAACACAGGGAAGAAAUUGGUAACCGAUAUAUAGAGAUAUUUCCAAGCAGAAGGAAUGAAGUUCGAACACAUGUUGGUUCUCAUAAGGGAAAGAAAAUGGCAUCUUCUCCUACUGCUAAGUAUAUAACUGAGCCAGAA